CCCUAACUUCUUCAAUGUUCUUCUUUCGUACUCACAACUCACAAUAGGGUUUUUUUUCUGUGUUCAAACAUUUGAAGUUCCGACCACUUCAUCAAACUAUUUUGUAUCAUCUCUUGUUCCUUUUUCCCUCACAAUUCACAUGCAAACAGAAAAAUUAGGGUUUCCACUAUCAUCAACCGCCGCCGAAUUAAUCAAGCUUUUGCCGCCAUUUUUCCUCCACUCUUCGCCGCCGUCAGUUACACAGUCGCCGUUGCGGCUUACACCAAUCCCUCUUUAGUUUUACAGGGUUUUUCAUACUCACCAUUCUUCUACGAUUUGAUCCUAAGAGCUGCUCUCAAUUCAAAGUAGAGUCACCAUCUUUGCAGCUUUGGAAGCAAUGCACUCUCAGUUGGAUGAUGAUGUAAAUUUGAAGUAUCUUAGAGGGGAGGGUCCUGACUUGGAGGUUUUGAAAGAUAAGAAAUUGAAAGGGCAGCUUGGUGUUAAUGAAGGGUUGUUUAAACGUUCUGCUAAGGUUGCAGAAAAGGCGGAUGAGUUGCUUAGGCCCUUGCCGUCAGAUGGUGGUUUUUUAGAGCCAGAUGGUAUAGAAAAGACAUGGAAUGUAAAACAACAGGACCUCAUAUCUGGUGUUGAUAUUCUAAGCUUAAAGAACCUUUAUGACAUGGUGUUACCAGAUCUUGGUCCAUACAAUCUUGAUUUUACCCCUAAUGGACGUUAUAUGGCACUUGCGGGUCGCAAAGGACACUUGGGUCUCCUUGAUGUGAAAAAUAUGAGCCUGAUUAAGGAAUUUCAGGUGCGGGAAACUGUAAGGGAUGUCGUGUUCUUGCACAAUGAAUUAUUUUUUGCUGCCGCACAAAAGAAGUACCCAUAUAUAUACAACAGGGAUGGUGUGGAGCUUCAUUGUUUGAAGGAACACGGGGCUGUUUCAAAACUUCAAUUUCUGAGGCAUCACUUCCUUUUGGCAUCCAUUAAUAAAUUUGGGCAGCUUCAUUAUCAAGACAUCACAAUGGGUGGGAUGAUAGCUAACUACCGGACUGGUUUGGGCCGUACAGAUGUAAUGCAGGUAAAUCCUUACAAUGGUGUCAUUGGCUUGGGACAUUCCAAUGGCUCAGUUACCAUGUGGAAAUGUACAAGCCCCAACCCUGUCGUGAAAAUGCUCACCCAUCACGGACCAGUAACUGCACUGGCCUUCCACCCAAACGGACAUCUUAUGGCAACUGCGGGAAUGGAAAGAAAAAUCAAAUUAUGGGAUCUAAGAAAAUUUGAGGUUCUUCAAACAAUGCCAGGUCAUGCGAAGUCUUUGGAUUUCAGCCAAAAAGGUUUGCUUGCCGCUUCAACAGGAUCAUUUUUACAAGUAUUAAGAGAUGCUUCAGGUUCUCAGAAUUACACUCGUUAUAUGAGCCACUCUAUGGCGAAAGGGUAUCAGAUACAGAAUGUUUCAUUUCGGCCAUAUGAAGAUGUUCUUGGAAUAGGACAUUCAAUGGGAUGGUCAUCUAUCCUGAUCCCAGGUUCUGGAGAACCAAACUUUGACUCAAUGGUAGCUAAUCCUUAUGAAAUACCGAAGCAGAGGCGUGAAAAGGAGAUACGAUCCCUCUUAGAGAAGCUUCCUCCAGAGUCCAUUAUGUUGGAUCCUAAGAAAAUCGGGACUGUAAAAGCCCCGAGGAAGAAAGAUAAGCCAACACGGAAAGAGAGAGAAGAAGAUAUGGAAGCAGCUGUUGAAGCGGCCAAAGGAAUAGUGUUGAAGAACAAAACCAAAGGUAGAAAUAAGGCUGGUAAAAGAGCGAAGAAGAAGCAAGAGAUUGUUGAGAAAACAAAGAGGCGAUUCGUUGAACAAAACAUUAAAGAAAAUGAAGAGAUAUCGAGAAAGAAAAGGCAAAGAAUCAGCGAGGAGGCAACAGAGCUACCGAAAUCGUUGCAGCGAUUCGCUAAGAGGAAAGCUGCAUAAUUUUGUUUGAUCUAUGUAAUAUUCUGAUAAUUUUGUGAAUUCAUGUUUUUGACAGUUUCCUUUAAACUUCUCAACUUAUUUAUAGAAUUCUCUUUUUGUAGGAUAUUUUAAAAGAACACUUCAAAUUAGAUAACAUAAUUAGAAAUGAAA